AUGAAUCAGUUGGAUUCGAGCUGGACGAUUGUCACGACUCAGAGCGGUAGUGCAUUUCAACGUAUCCUGCAACUUGCUUCAUUUUCUGUCUUCACCUUCGCGACCCCAAGCACAGCACAUUUCGGGCAUCAUCAUCAUGCUGGCUCCGAACCCGCUCCUAAUCCUUCCUCCAGCAAGACUCCCCUCACCGAUGAGCAAAGACGCUUCCUUGAUAGCGCCCUUCGUGUGAACCAAGCAGGAGAGCUUGCGGCCACUCUAAUCUAUACGGCUCAGACGCCACCGGUUGUCAAGGCACAUCCACACCUUCGCCCACUGAUGAAGCAUAUGUACGAUCAAGAAGCUGGCCACUUCAAGACCUUCAAUGAGUUGCUAGCCAAGCAUCGAAUCAGACCUACCGCGAUGUACCCCGUCUGGCAGGCUGCGGCGACGAUGCUAGGUUGGACGACGGGAAUGAUGGGACGAGAAGCUGCAAUGGCUUGCACCGAAGCCGUCGAGACUGAGAUCGGAGAUCAUUACAAUGGACAAGUAAGAGAGAUGUUUAAGUGGAUACAGGAACUCAAAGAAAAGGGAGAGGAGCUUGAUCCCGAACUGAAAAUCUUGAUUGAUGAUAUUAAGAGGAUUCGUGACGAAGAAUUGGAGCAUCUGGAUCACGCCGUUGAAAAUGAUGCAAAAGAGGCCCAGCCCUACCAGCCAUUGACCGAUAUCAUCCGCUAUGGUUGCAGAGGGGCGAUCUGGAUCAGUGAAAGAAUAUGA